AUGAUUAGCAUUAUCCUUCAAGGUUCGGUCGAUGGGUUAGGCGUCAUCCCAAGCAGGAUAAAGGUCAGGGGUCAAGAUUUCAAGGGGGCAGAAGGAGUAGGGGCGCAAAGGGAACAUAUAAGCCCUUCGGUCCUCAAGAUUCGGCAGUCCAGGAGCUCACGAAGACCACGAUGCGGUUCCUCGCCCUCGUCCUCCUCCUGGCUCUCGCCGUCGCCUUCGUCGGCGCCAAGUCCUUGGCCUGCUGUGGCGGCGGAGGUCACCACGGCGGUCACGGAGGAGGCAACGGAGGUCACCAUGGAGGUCAUGGCGGUGGAGGCUUCGGCGGAGGCUUCGGAGGCGGUGGAGGACUGGGAGGCGGAGGAGGCUUUGGCGGAGGCUUCGGAGGCUGAAACUUCAGAGGAAACAGUGACGAGGAACACGUGACCAACAUGUCGUGCUUGCAGUGGUUUUCCUGAAUUUUCCCUCUAAUGGUCUU